AUGGACUGCCCGCUGCAGAGGCUGGAGUGUUUGCCACAGCUAUCUGUGGCUGCAAGUUCCCUGCUGGGGGUUGUGGGGGGAGAGAGUUGGAGCAAUGAGGAGCAGAAUCAGUGGUCAUCCAAAGAUGCUCCUCCUUCAUCUCUCACCAGUGAGGUCCACCCUCCCCCCAACCCAACAGUCCUGAAGUCUAACCCCUGCAGAGACCAGAAUGUCUGCAGUUCAUUGCCACAUCUGAGCACUGCAAGGGCUGUGGUAGAAAAGCUGCACUGUAAAAGUGAGCCCAGCAGUAGUGCAGACAAAGGAGGGGAGGCUGUCGGGAUUGGCUCUGAAAAGUGCAAACUAGCUGCAGGAGGAGGUUUGCGAACCGUGUACCCCACCCUGCUGGAGCCUUGUGCCUACCCCUACCUCACACCCUGCCAGAGCCACUGGCCGCUCAACCUUGCUGUUGGAUCCCUGACCUCCGUGCUCCUAGAGCUGCACUACAGCCACCUCCCUGGCCGUGGAAGCCACCUGAGAGUUGCUCAGCAUACCUCCCAUGAAGAUUCAGCAACAGUAGAGCAAUCCCCCCUGGGUCCAAUCUUGAGAGACACCUCUCAAACUCUGAGGACUGCAAGAGGAAGCCAGACCCUACCCUAUAGGGAUAUUAGUGCUGCAGAGCAGCUGGGGAAAAGUGACCACUGGCACCCCUUGUCUUCCAGACUAAUGAAUGUGUCCAGCAGAGAAACUACCAACUCUGUCAGCCACUUUAUCCUCAUGGGCUUUCCCUCAAGCCCCAAAAUGCAGCUCCUCUACUUCGGGCUUUUCUCAGUAGUUUAUACUCUCACCCUGAUGGGCAAUGCAGCCAUUGCCUGUGCUGUGCAUUGGGACCGGCGCCUUCACACACCCAUGUAUAUCCUUUUAGGAAAUUUUUCUCUCCUGGAAAUAUGUUAUGUCACCACCACUGUUCCUAAAAUGUUGGCCAACUUCCUCUCCACAAACAAGUCCAUCUCCUUUGUGAGUUGUUUUGCACAGUUCUACUUCUUCUUCUCCUUUGGGUGUGAUGAGGGCAUCUACCUUUGCAUCAUGGCCUUUGACAGGUGCCUUGCCAUCUGCCGCCCUCUGCAUUAUCCACGCAUCAUGACCAGGCAGCUGUGCACUGGCCUUAUCAUCUUCGGGUGGUCAUGUGGGCUCAUUGUCUUCCUCACUCCAGUUGUUCUCAUUUCAAAGUUGCCUUACUGUGGCCCAAAUGUCAUCAACCAUUUUGUGUGUGAUCCUGUUCCACUGAUGAUGUUGUCCUGUUCUAAAGACGUCACCACCCAGCUCAUUUAUUCCACUUUCAAUUAUAUUUUUAUGAUUGGCACCUUUCUCUUUAUCCUUUGUUCUUAUGCUCUAGUGAUUCUGGCUGUGGUGAGGAUGACCUCAGAGGCUGGCAAACGAAAGGCUUUCACCACUUGUGCUUCUCAUCUGGCAGUUGUCACCCUGUUUUAUGGCUCUAUUUUUGUGAUGUAUGUUAGUCCUAAAUCAGGACACCCAGCUAAAAUGCAAAAAAUCAUUACCCUGUUUUAUUCUGCAAUAACACCUUUGUUCAAUCCCCUAAUAUACAGUCUCAGGAACAAGGAGAUGAAGCAUGCUCUGGUGAAAAUCUUCAAGACCAGAGAAAGUGUUCAUAAAAGAUAA